AUGGCUUUACUUAAGCAGCUGCUGCUAAUCGCAGCCAUGCUGGUUCUUGUGGCAGGGCAAGAUCUUGCCGAGUCAAACACGCGAUCAGUUGAUGAGGGUCGGCGCAGAAAGCGGUUCUAUAAGUUCUUGUUCAAAUCUCUUGGUCCGAUCCUUUCCACCCUCUCGACCGUGGUGCUCGUGAAGGCAAAGAUCGUCCUGGUGGGUCUUUUUUUAGCUGGAAUUUACUUCUUUGGGCACAAAAUAUUUCCGGGUGGCUUUUUCGGCUCAUCGUUCAUUAGCGAGACACCGCCACCGUUCCUGGAGUCGAGCCCGUACACCAGCUACCAUUCGGGGCACGAGAUCAUCUCCAGCUACCCGGGACCGGAGCCGACGUUCACCAGCUUCGAUCAUUCGUCGAGCAGUUACGGCACACCGGCUGCCUCGUACGGGCCACCUUCGAACGCUUAUCUGCCACCAUCGUCCGACACUUCGUCCUACUCAUCCUACUCGAAGUACAGUGGAACGAGGCGCAAGCGUGAUGCUGAGGCGGGUAGACAGCAAACGGCCAGAAGUGAUGCGAAUGAGGAUGAGCUGGAAGAAAAUGAGAUGUACUGGACGGACACACUAACCGAUAUGACCUUUCGCUUUCUGGGUGUGAAUCGACGUGUCUGUCGGAAGCGGUUCGUGUGCGAGUUUGAUUUCCAAGCACGGCGGAACCCGCUGCUCCUUUUUGUCACACGUGCCAUUGGCCGUGAUGUGUUCCAUAACUAUCGUGACGCUGGUGAUGAGAAGGCGGUCAGCUACAGUGACUGUGGCCGCAUCUACGAGGACUGCAAGGUGCCGAAGAGGAAAAAGUUUGCCCGUCGACCGGUUCGCCCUGUAGGUCCUCAGCAGCAGCAGCAGCAUUGGUCGUCGUCUGAUCCGGUUGAUGAUAUGCUAGAGAAUGAAAUUGAUUCAACCGCUUCGACGGAGGAAACUACCACUGUUAGCCCUGGCAGAAGCAAAUUGAUUCUGCUCCCGAAGCGUCCGAAUCGCUUCCGAAGAAACUAACUCGAGGGUUCGUCGCUUGGCCGUUUCGUGAAGCGUGAUUUAGCUGUAACUAAGAGGAUAAUGUAUUUAUUUAUUUAUUUAUUUCAAUUUAAAGAAAGGCAAAAUAAAAGGAAAAUAAAAUAAAUUAAAAAC